AUGGAGCCCGAAUAUGAGUCCAUACUCGAUCGUGUGCAAGCACCUGUUUUGCCCAGUAUUCCAGUCCAAGCAUCGUUCAACUAUGGGGCUGCUACUACCACCGCAUUGCCUCAACGCAUGUCGAUACGGCCCAACAUUGGCAUUGACCAAAUGGCUGGAGCAGUCGAUGCCCGUCUUGAGAAUGCUCGGAGGCGAACAGCCGCUACGAAGAAGAAGCAAGGCACUCAAACCACUCAAACACGCAAGCGUGAGCCAACACCAGACGAAGCUCAGCUUCAGCAGUCGCUGGAUAAUGCAGCAGAACACUCUGAUCAAACUCCUUCGCCUCCUGUUCCACACUCGGUAUCUACGGAUAGCCCUGACGCUCAACCCCCAUUACAACGUCAGUUGUCGAACUCUCCGCUUUACCCAUCGCCGCUUCAGCGAAUGGGUUCUCCUCACAUUAAUAGUCCUAUGAGUAGCUCACCAUUCCGCCACAGCUCUGUUGAUAAUGCUUCUGUGGUAUCUUGGAACCUGGAACGUGAUAUUAACGAAGAUGACCUGCAAAGAACGCGGCCCAGCAAACAUGGACGCAACAUCACAGCGCCCCCUCGACGAGUUUCUGGCCUGGCUAAUGUCCCCGAAGAGGACGAAGAAGAAUAUAUCAAGUUUGAAUCGGAAAUAUAUCAAGAUUUGGAACCCGAUGUCCCCAAGGAAAGCUUUUUGCGUCGAUGGCUAGCAGCAGUGAGGCCCCGACGUCGGGAACCUCAGAUUAGCAACGAAACCACCAGCGAGGUACGCCGAAAAAGCUGGACGCAGACCAUUCAAGCAGUGAUGGAGGGCCCGUACCAAAAUUGGAUUCGGGCUGCGUUCUAUUUGCUUUUGGUUCUGAGCUUUAUUUUCGUCCCCCUGAUCGCCGCGAAACUUCGCCACUAUCUAGAACACGGUGCUCUGGAUUGGGAUUCCUCUUCGAACUUAAACAUAUCUAAACCGGAAGUUUUCCACAGCCUUCGGAGCCAGGUAUCAAAAAUGGACGUCCAAAUGUCAUCCUUGUCGAGCGAGCUCAGUUCUGUUCGGUCAGGACAGUCGCUUCCUAACGUUCAUGAUUCAACGCCCACAGACCCAAGCCUCCAUCGGAAACCGGUCUACAAGGUGAAUUUCCUCUCAGUGGCAUUGGGGGCAAUGAUUGAUCCAGCGAAAACUUCACCGACUUUGGGUUCCAAACAGAGCACUUCUUUGCGAGCACUCAUCUGGGCGAGCUCGUUUGUAUCCAGGCGCACAAUUCGAGCUCCACAAUCUCCAAUUUCUGCCCUUACCACGUGGGAAGAGGUAGGCGACUGCUGGUGCAGUGCCCCUCGCAAUGGAACAACCCAACUAUCUGUACUCCUCGGCCGCGACAUUGUGGCAGAAGAGUUGGUAGUUGAGCACAUCCCCGUGGGCGCCUCUCUCGAACCAGAUGCGGCACCUCGAACAAUCGAGGUAUGGGCUCGCUUCAAAGUCAACCCCCACAAGACACCGAUCAAAGCCAAACCAACAGCUGAGGCCAGACCUGGCCGUGGCUUCCUGAAAGUUUUCGGUGACGCCACAGUGUCACAGCCGCCACCGCCAACUCAGGCCCCUUCAUCCCGCGAAACAGGGCUUGGAGGAUUCUUGAUCCCUGGAAUUGGUUCACUUCACGCGUUGGUGAUGGAUCUGUUGCGUCGGAGCAACCCCUUCGAACCUCCAAGCGCUUACUCAGACGACCCAAUUCUCGGCCCCAACUUCUACCGCAUCGGAAAAGUAGAAUACGACCUCCACAGCCCAGACUACGCCCAGACAUUCAAGCUCAACACCAUCGUCGACGUGUCAACCAUCCGUGUGGACAUGGUUGUCUUUAGAGUGACUUCAAAUUGGGGUGCCAAUCACACAUGCAUCUACCGAUUCAAGUUACACGGGCACCUCUAG